CGAGCUGGAGAUUGGGCAGGGCUUCCAGGCUGGAUGUUCUGGGUUUGUUGUGUCUGUCAGGUUUUUGUUGAUAUAGAAGUAGGACAAGGUUAAAGGUUACUGUAUUUGUAAUGUUUUUAUGCAAAUUCAUUUUCGUUAAUGUUAUACUUUCUUUACAUUUAAAAGCGGUUGCAGUAUUAUCCGGCGCGUGACUUUACUGGAUGAACAUAGUACCGACUGUAGAGAUUUCCAUACAUUUUGUAUUUGUGUGAAUAAGUUACUGGCGUUUGUCAGUUUUUGUUGUUAAUAUGUAUAUGUAUUUGUAGAUUGCAGUUGCUUAUUGCAAAACAAAAGUUACUGUUAUGAACAGGACAGAAGCAACGACAGUGAAGGGGACCGUUUGACUACGUGAAACUGAAAAAUACAGAUCUUAUUUAUAAUUGUAUCGGACUUAAGUGCGCAUGUUAAAUAUAUAAGUAACGUCUUCUGAAUAUUAAUAUUUGCGUAAUUAUAUUGUGUGUUUUCGCCAGCAAGAUAUUCUAAGGCUGAACUUUUAAACAGCAACGCAUUGCCAGUGAAACUUUUAUGACUCGUUUUUUUCAUGCGUUUUGUAUACUAUUCAGAAAGUGUCCUUACAAUAAUCAUAUUAGCAUUUUAAAAUUGGGUUAUGUCAGUUUUAGUGUUCUGUGGUCAGUCUUGACGAGCAGUUUUGAGAAGUAACGCAGGGUAAUGAGCCGACUGGUCUGGUAUGGCAGUGAACAUGGACGAUGACGAUGUGCCGCUCUUACUCGUCUGGGACGAAGCGAGCAGUGGGUGGCUGUCCAGCGAAGAGCCAGAGAGAGUCGAGGUGGCCAGUGAAAAUGGAGGCGGUUAUGACGUCAUUAUUAACAACGCUGCGGUACCCACACCUGUGGUACAGGACUUUAGGACUCAGUACGGGACCCUUCGGCAGAGCUGGGAGAUGAAUUACCAGGAGGCUGCUAUAUACCUGCAGGAAGGUGCAAACAAUGACAAGUUUUUCACUCACCCCAGGAACCCCAAGGCGCUGGCAGCCUACCUGUUUGCUCACAACCACCUGUUCUACAUGAUGGAGCUGGUGACAGGGCUGCUGCUGCUGAUGCUGUCACUGUGCGAGGCCCCUGCAGUGCCCACACUGCGCCUCGACAUCUACAUCCACACCACACUGGAGCUGCUUGCUCUGGUGCUGGUGGCGUUUGAGCUGUGUAUGAAAAUGCGCUGGCUGGGCUUCCGGACCUUCAUCAGACACAAGAGGACGAUGGUCAAGACCUGUGUGCUGCUGCUGCAGUUUGUGGAGGCGAUCGUAGUGCUGGUUAGACAGUUGUCCCACAUGCGCGUGACGCGAGCCCUGAGGCCCAUCUUCCUGGUAGACUGCAGAUACUGUGGCGCAGUCCGGAGGAAUCUGCGUCAGAUUUUCCAGUCUCUUCCUCCUUUCAUUGAUAUUCUGCUACUGUUGCUGUUCUUUAUGGUUAUAUUUGCCAUUUUAGGAUUCUAUUUGUUUUCUCAAAAUCCAUCAGACCCAUAUUUCAACACUUUGGAAAACAGCAUUGUCAGUCUGUUUGUCCUCCUGACCACUGCCAAUUUUCCAGAUGUGAUGAUGCCAGCAUACUCCAAGAAUCCCUGGUCCUGUGUGUUCUUCAUUGUGUAUCUAUCUAUAGAACUCUACUUCAUCAUGAACCUACUCCUUGCUGUGGUAUUCGACACCUUUAAUGGAGUAGAAAAAAUGAAAUUUAAAUCCCUACUUCUGCACAAGCGAUCAGCAGUUGAUCAUGCCUUCAAACUUCUGGUCAGCAAACAGAGGCCCACUGGGGUUUCCUUCAAGCAGUUUGACGGGCUGAUGAGGUUUUACCGGCCCCGGAUGAGUGCUAGAGACCGCUACCUGACCUUCAAGGCACUCAACCGCUCCAGCACUCCAAUACUCAGCUUGCAAGAUUUUUACAGCUUCUAUGCAGUUACAGGCUUGAAAUGGAAGGCCAGAAGAAGUGGAGAGCACUGGUUUGAUGACUUCCCACACACAACUUUCCUUAUUUUCAAAGGCAUUAAUAUUCUUGUGAAAUCCAAAGCAUUCCAAUAUGCAAUGUAUGUCGUAGUUGCAGUAAAUGGAAUGUGGAUCCUGGUGCAAACAUUCAUGAUGCAUGAUGGAAGCUUCUCAUCAGGAAACGUUCCCUGGAGUUAUAUUUUGUUCCUCACAAUUUAUGGAGUUGAGAUGUUGUUAAAAAUCACAGGACUGGGUCCUUUUGAAUAUUUCAGCUUUGGGUGGAACCUGUUUGAUUUUUCAGUGACACUCUUCGCCUUUCUUGGCCUCAUCGUCCUGGCAUUUGAUAUGGAGCCUUUCUACUUCAUCGUGGUGCUGAGGCCUCUUCAGCUCUUGCGGCUGUUUAAAAUCAAGCUGAGGUAUCGUAAUGUUCUCGAUACCAUGUUCGAACUGCUUCCUAGAAUGGCCAGUUUGGGGCUGACCCUUCUUAUCUUCUAUUACUCCUUUGCCAUUGUGGGGAUGGAGUUCUUUGUUGGUGUUGUCUAUCCAAACUGCUGCAACACUAGCACAGUGGCAGACUCGUACCGCCUGCUCAACUACACUGUGGGGAACCGCACUGUGGUGGAGGAAGGCUACUACUAUCUCAACAACUUCAACAACAUCCUCAACAGCUUCGUAACAUUGUUUGAGCUUACCGUGGUAAACAAUUGGUAUAUCACUAUGGAAGGAGUGACAUCACAGACCUCCCACUGGAGCCGCAUGUACUUCAUGACCUUCUACAUCGUCACCAUGGUGGUGAUGACCAUAAUUGUGGCCUUCAUUCUCGACGCCUUUGUGUUCAGGAUGAACUACAGCAGACAGAACAUGGAAACUGAAGAAGAGGAGAACGGUAUUGUAUUUGAGACGGAGGUGUCGAAGGAGGAGGUGGACACUGUGCUGGAUCUCUACAAGCAGACCUGCGCUCCAACCUCCUGCAUUUCCUCUCUGCAGGGGGUGCUCUUCGCUAUGGACAGGAACAGGCACACCUCGUUGGUGUUCCUUGGUCGAAGAUCCAGGACGAAGAGUGAUUUAAGUAUGAGAAUGUAUGAGGAGGAGAUACAGGAGUGGUAUACAGAGUAUUCGCAGGACAGUGGAUGCCCUCGGCUGGAGAGACAGUUAGAAAGUCUGCAGUCUUCAGUCAACCAGCCCCCUCCUGAUCCUGUGCGGCUGCGCUCUCAGACUGUCAGCUAGGUCAGACUGCCUGCAGCCCUCCUGCUCUGUGCAACUAACAGGGCCAAAAGAACCCACUGGGAGCACCUUGGCUCUGCUCCACCCACCCCACAUACUCUGGAUCAUUUGAUUUAUAAGUAAAACAUACAUCCGUAUACAGUAAUGUCAUGCCUUCCGAGUAAAACUUUCUCCACUGGAUUUCUACUGGCCCUGCAAAAAACUUCCAUUACUUCAGAAUGUUGCUUGCACACGACUGGGGGACUGUGUUGUAUUUUGGGGG